UUACGUCCUUUAGCUCUACUUCGUUCAAAACAUACGAAAAGUUCGGAACAAAUCCCAACACCAUUUAAAAGAGCGCCAAUUGUUAUGCAUUCAAGAGUUCAACAAAUAGCUGCACCAAAAGAAGGCGAUAAAAGUACUACAGCAGGUCGCACUGUUAUAGUAGGAAAUAAUGUUAUGGCUGGUUAUAGAAAAUUAUGGACUAUACUUAAUUCAAAUAAAAUCCGUCAAGAAGUUAGAAGAAAUAGAUAUUAUGAAAAACCUUUUUUAAAAAGACAACGUAUUAAAAUGGAAAUUGAACAGAAAAAAUUUAAGGAUUCUGUUAGGAAAAAGGUUCAAUUGGUUUUACAAAUGAAAGCAAGG